UUUAUUUCUAAUUCGAUCACUUAUUUUCUUUUUCAGAUGGGAAGUUCCAUUUUCGGAAAAGGAAAUGAUGAGAAAAAGCCUGAACGUUCUUUGAAGAAAAGAAGAUUGGCAGAAGAGGCCGAUGCAGAGAACGAGAAGAGGUCGAGAAUUGAGGAGCCUAUGGCUACUAUGAACCACCAUGUUACUGAGGAAGAAGAACAAAGAGAUCAUGCAGAGAUCACAUUGCAGGUAUCUAUAGCACUCCAAAGACUCGGAGAUUCAAGAAGACUUGAGGUGGUUCAACAAGAAGAUACAGAUGAGGAACAUUAUGAAGAGGAAGACAUUAAUGUCAGCGAAAGUGAAGAUGAGGACGAUCUUGAGGAUGUUGUUGAUGAUGAUGAUGAUGAUGAUGAUGAUGAUGAUGAUGAUGAUGAUGAAGAAGAAGACGAAGAAGAUGAAGGUGAUGAUGAUGAUGAUUACGAUGUUAAAGAUGAUGUCAAAAACAUAAUCCAUCGAUUUACGUAUUUGCUGGGAAAUGAUAUUAGAAGCUUAAUGCUAUACCGUUCUAUAUUUAACGGUAUUGAGAAGUCUGUUCGUGCUCGCCUAUGGAUCCCGUUCGCGAUUGUGGCAGGCUUGCGAAAAUUCAGUCCAUUGCGAGCAGCGAACAACAGUCCGCGGACUGCUCGUUCGUUCGUCGUGUGGACGCGACUAGAAGGGACUCAUGAGGAGGCAUUAGGCCACAUAAGAGAUGAAAUCAAGCGCCAGCGAGAAUCGCGAAAGAGGACUGCCUUGUCCCAAGGAAAUUCUAUUGGAGAGCCGAAAGCCGACAUGGACAUGGACAAUGGACAUCCUUCAUGGAGAAAUAUCACCUGGAGAAGCCGACUCCCGAUCAGAUGGCAGAGUCCGAUGUCCAUCACAGAGAUGAACAAAUCUCGUUGUCCAACGAGCGGCUCAGCUAAGCCGCGCACCCUUGUCUUAUCUCACUCGGCUGCCAAGGGAGGCUCGCCGAGCUGA